GUUUUUUUUCGAUUUGUGAACACGCGUUGGGUCCAAACUCGCAAAUCCCGACACGGUUUAAACUUUUUCCUUUAAUUACAUGUAUAAAAACCACAUGGUUUGGCAAUAACAAAAAAAGUAAACUUCUUGAAUAGCGGUUGAGAAAAACGGUUCGGGCUAGAUUUCAAUGUCCAUGAAUUCCCUUCAAUCGGAACGUCGACCUCCCCAACAUGGCCGCCACUUUGGCAUAUCGGUUAUUUCUGCUGAUGAAACACUGAAUUUUUCCGCUAUCACUUUGAAAGCAGCACGAGGCAGUUUUUGACACUUGGAGUUGCUUCAAGCUAAACUCAGCAUGUCUGAGAAAGAGCUGGGGAAAAAGUGGGACCGAUGCCUGGCGGAUGGUGUCAUUAAGCUUGGCACGGGUCUCGGCUUGGGAAUUGUGUUUUCGGUCAUCUUCUUCAAACGGCACACGUGGCCCAUUACACUUGGUUCGGGGAUGGGUCUUGGCAUGGCAUAUGCCAACUGUCAGAAUGAUCUGAGGUUACACUACUUGCUGCAUAAAAAAGACCAGUAGUCUCAAGUCAUCAAAGGACAGUUGUAUUAUUAUUAUUUUUUUUUUUUUUUUAAACAUCUCUCUUUUUUUUUUUUUUUUUUUUUUUUUUUUUUUUUU